GAAAUGACGACAAGUUUGUGAACCUUAGCAAAACAUGCGCGCGUGAGAGAAACAUGUGGACGAGAGUUUGAUUUUGACGUAAAUUGAUUUUUAAAAUUGUUAAUCGUAAGCGUUCAGGGACGCAGCGGCGAUGAAUGUCCCGGAACGUUACCCCGCGCCGGACUUCAGCAGUCCCCCUCCGAGCUCCAUCCAGCGGCCCCCGCAGCAGCAGCAGCCGCACGCCAGCAGCUUCCACCCGGGCAUGUGGAGCUGGGGAGAGACGCCCCCGGAGCCCGGCUGGAGGAGCGGUGAGGCGGGUCACAGCUUCCCCCCGGGACAGACACGGACUUACUCUCCAAACUUUGGGCACGAAUGGUACCAAGGUGGACAUCCAGGUGGAAGACAGAACUACAGACCUCCCUAUCAACAUGGGAAAAAGCAGAGGAAUAAGAAGGAACCGGAGUAUUCUCAUUACUGCGACACGUGCGACCGUGGCUUCAAAAACCAGCAGAAGUACGACGAACACGUGUCCCAACACGUCACGUGUUCUGUACCUGAUUGUAACUUCAUGGCCCAUGAAAAACUGGUAGCCAUACACUGGAAAAAUAGUCACGCACCGGGAGCUAAAAGAAUCAAGCUGGACACACCGGAUGAGAUCGCGAAAUGGAGAGAGGAGAGGCGCAAAAACUAUCCGACUCUUCACAACAUCGAGAGGAAGAAGAAAGUGACGGAGGUUCGGGAGCAGACGGGUGGUGUUCUGGAAACGGCUCAGUUCGGGCGAAUGAGGGGCCGAGGUCGAGGUCGUGGGCGGGGUAACAGUGGGUUCAGAGGGCGACACCCUCAAGGACACAACUCGGCUGACCGCAGCGCCACAGUGACACCCAAACUGGUCAGUUGUCCCUCCAGAAGAGAGGAUCCACUGGGUGUUCUGGCCAGCGGUGACCACGGCGAAGAUUCAGACAAAGAGGACCCCUCUCCGGACUCUAAAACCGGGGGAUUCGUUGUCGUCCCUAAACAGAUGAGCUCAGCUCUUGGCUCCCUGCUGGCUAACUACGGCUCCAUGAGCGAAAGUGAUGAGGAACCGGAGGCUGCUCCCAUUCUGAGAGCCGAAGAGCUGGUUCAAGAAAACAAGACCAUCCUGAACAGAGUCCAACCAACGUCAGGGACCGGCGAACCUUCUAGAGAUGUGGAAACCUCCACCAAAGUGGACAAAGGUCCCCACCCUUGCUCUGGUCCUAACAUGUUCAAUAACAGAGGAGCGAACAGGGGUCGAGGAGGUAGAGGAGGCAGGGGAAGAAGACACCAAGAUACGCCGCAGCCACGUCGCCGUACUUUACUAGAAAUGUUAUUGGCGCCCGACAUCCGCCAUGAAAGGAAUGUCCUCCUGCAGUGUGUACGCUUCGUUGUCCGCAGCAACUUCUUUGGCCUGGAGAAGAAACCUCGGCACCUGCAGGGGAUGGAGACACCAGCCCUCGGGACUGAAGACAAACCAAAGAAAGACAGCCGUCUGUCUUCUCCUGUCGGUGGGGAGGGACACCCAGCUGUGCCAGAGGCUGAAAACCUGCAAGUCGAAGGAACGGGGAACGCUGACGUCAGCCAGGAUGCCGGUUGUCAGAGGGACAAUAUGUGCUCAGACCCGUCCGGUGAUUCUUUCCGAUCUGCUGUGACUGUCGAUGGGACCGGAGCUGGUUCCAUCCAACACGCUGACCACAGUCAUGAUCCGACCGUCGCACACGCUUCUAACUUGUAUGACGACGAGAUUUGGGAAAGCAAUGGGGCCGAUUCAUAAUAUCAUAAAACUGAUGCAUCUUUGUUGUUUUUUCUUUGAAACGUUUUCUAAAUUUCAUUUUUGUUAUAUAAUGUAAAAACAGCCAUAUUGUAAAAUAAAUAC